GUUUUCCUAUUAACUUAAAGUGUCUAGUCAAUUAAAGUGAACAUUAAUAAAACAAUUUUAUGUUUGUUUGUUCUACUAAACCAAAAAAAAAAAAUAAAUAAAUAUGGUUUGCAUUUGCACUACAAUUGUACUUUUAGCAAUUAUUGCUCUGCUAAUUUAUUUGUAUUUAACAUGGAAUUUCAAUUAUUGGAAAAAACGUGGAUUAGUGGGGCCAGAACCAAAAUUAAUUGUUGGUACAACACCAAAUAUGUUGAAACAAAAAAGAAAUGUUAUUUAUGAUUAUCAAGAACAUUAUAAUAAAUAUAAAAAAACUGAAAAAUUCAUAGGAGGUUUUGGAUUUGGCUCUGCUGAAAUAAUAAUCUUAGCACCAGAAAUGACGAAGGAAAUUUAUAUCAAAAAAUUUAAAAAUUUCCAUGAUAAUUAUGGUUCCAAAGACGUCAGGGAACAAGAACCCUUAUUAGGUUUAAAUCCAUUCUUUUUAGGUGGACAAGAUUGGAAAGAGAAAAGGGCUGAAAUUACACCGGCAUUAACUGUUAACAGAAUAAAAGCAUCCUAUCCUGUAAUGCAAAAUGUAUGUUCAAAAUUGGUUGACUACAUUAAAAAUACGAUUAAAGUUGAAGGUAAAAACGUGGAAUUUGAUUGCCGAGAUUUAAGCCAGAGAUUUGCUAUACAAAAUGUAUCGGACUGUAUAUAUGGGAUUGAUGCUAAUGCCUUAGUAUUGGAUAAAAACAGUGAACUUUUAAAGCAAGCAAAAUUAUUAAUGCAAGGAAUAUUUGAUUUUGGUUUCGUUGCAAUAUUAGUUAUGAUGCUUAAAUUAGAAAAAUUGUGGACAAGACCAUUAAUAAAAAAAGAAACUCGUGAUUUCUUCAUAAAUUUAAUGCGUGAUGCAGUUGAACUACGAAAGAAAACUGGACAGAAUGAUAGAAUAGAUUUUUUAAAUUAUUUAAUUCAAUUAAAAGAGAAAAAAGGAUUAGAUGAUGUUAACUUACAAGCGCAUUCGAUAACAUUCUUUUUGGAUGGAUUUGAGACAAGUUCUAUGGUUUUAGCUCAUGUCAUGUUAACAAUUGGUCGCCACAAAGAAGUUCAAGAUAAAUUGAGAAUGGAAAUCGAAAAAAAUUCAUCUGAAGACGGUACUAUUAGUUUUGAAAAACUUCAAGAAUUACCAUAUUUGGAUCAGUGUGUUAACGAAACAUUACGAAUGUAUCCACCAGUGGGUUUGACUAUGAAAUUGUGCGUUGAAGAUACUGAAUUGGAAAAUUCAAAUGGAAGAAAAGUUUUGGUUAAAAAAGGAAUCCCAGUUACAAUGCCAAUUUAUGCUUAUCAUUAUGAUGAAGACAUAUAUCCAAAUCCAAAUAAUUUUGAUCCAGAUAGAUUUAGUGCAGAGAAUGGUGGUGAAAAAAAAUAUAAAGAAAUGGGAGCAUUUUUACCUUUUGGUGAUGGUCCAAGAGCUUGCUUAGGUCAAAAAUUUGCUUUAGCACAAAUUAAAAUUUGUGUUAGUGAAUUGGUACGUAAUUUUGAAAUAAGUAUUAGUGAUAAAACACGUAAAGAUAAUUUGUUGGAUCCAAAAAGUUUUCUGUUAUUUUUGGAUGGUGGUAUUCAUUGUAAAUUUACUGAAUUCAAAUACAAGGCAAACAAUAAAUUCAUUGGAAUUUUUACUAAUAGAACACCUGGAUUAUUAAUUCUGGCACCAGAUUUAGCCAAAGAAAUUUAUACUACAAAAUUUCGACAAUUUCAAGAUAAUUUUUUUUCCGAUACUUUUGAUAGCAAAGUAGAACCAUUAUUUGGUCUAAAUCCAUUUUUACUUAAAGGACAAGAAUGGAAAGAUAAAAGAGCUGAAAUAACUCCUGGGUUAACAAUAAGUCGAAUUAAGGCUUCUUAUCCAGUGAUGCAAAAAGUAUGUUCACAAAUGGUUGAUUUUAUUAAAAAUAAAAACAAAAUUGAAGGAAAAGGUUAUGUUUUUGACUGCAAGAAGUUAACUCAACGUUUUACAAUACAAAAUGUAUCAGAUUGUAUUUAUGGGAUUGAAGCCGGGGCAUUUGAUUUAAAAAAUGAUAGUGAACUAUUAAAACAAGCGAAGAAUUUAAUUAAUGGACUUUUUGAAAUAAAAAAGUUUUUUACAACAUUGAUGCGAGAUGCUGUUGAACUUCGAAAAAGAAAUCAAACAGAUAGAAUAGAUUUUUUGAAUUAUAUUAUGCAAUUGAAAGAUAGAAAAGGAUUAAGUGAUAUUGAGCUACAAGCGCAUUCCGUUACAUUUUUCCUUGAUGGAUUUGAGACUUCAUCAACAGUCUUAUCUCAUUCGUUACUUUGUAUGGGACGGAAUAAAGUUGUGCAACAUAAAUUGAGGCAAGAAAUUGAAAAACAUUGUGACGAAGAUGGAACUAUAAGCUUUGAAAAAAUCAUGGAUCUAACUUAUUUAGAUAUGUGUGUUAAUGAAACAUUAAGACUUUUUAUGCCUGGUGGUUUUCUUCAGAAAGUUUGUACAGAAGAUACUGAAUUAGUUAAUUCGGAUGGAACUGUUUUAAAUGUUAAAAAAGGAAUGGGAGUCACACUUCCAUUAUAUUGCUAUCAUAAUGAUGAAGAAUAUUAUUUUAAUCCUAAUGAAUAUAAUCCUGAAAGAUUUAGUCCUGAACUUGGUGGAGAGAAAAAAUAUCGAGAUAUAGGUGCUUUUAUGCCUUUUGGUGAUGGUCCGAGAACAUGUUUAGGUCAAAGAUUUGCUUUAACACAGAUCAAAAUUGCAUUAUGUGAAUUGGUUAGAAAUUUCGAUAUUGAUGUUGAUGAUAAGACAAGAAAAGACAAUUUACUUGAUCCAAAAAGUUUCAUUUUGUGUUUGGAUGGUGAAUAUUGGUUAUUUUUGUGCUUAAAAAUGUUCCCGAUAUUUAUUACCUUAAUACUUUUAACAUUAGUUUUAAUGUUAUUGUAUGUUUAUUUUACAUGGAAUUUCAAUUAUUGGAAAAAACGUGGCGUUAAAGGUCCCAAACCGAAAUUAUUUUUUGGAACCCAACCCAGUGCUAUUACACAAAAACGGAAUAUUAUUUAUGACUAUCAGGAUCAUUACGAUAAGUUUAAAGAAACUGAAAAAUUUAUUGGAGGUUUUACAACCCGUACACCCGAACUUAUAAUUACAUCACCAGAUAUUGCUAAACAGGUUUUUGUUUCAGAAUUUCGAAAAUUUCAAGAUAAUUACUUUUCUCAUCUUUUUGAUGCGAAGUCAGAGCCCAUUUUCGGAUUAAAUCCAUUUUUCCUUAAGGGACAAGAAUGGAAAGACAAGAGAGCUGAAAUAACACCAGCUUUAACUACAAAUAGAAUAAAAGCAUCCUAUCCAGUAAUGAUGAAAGUGUGCCAAAAUAUGGCUGAUUUUAUUAGAAAUAAAAUUAAAAUUGAAGGAAAAGAAUAUGUUUUUGAUUGCAAAGAGUUAGCACAACGUUUUACAAUCCAAAAUGUUUCUGAUUGCAUUUAUGGCGCUGAUGCAGGGGCCUUUGAAUUACAAACUACAAGUGAAAUUUUAAAGCAGGCAACGAAUUUAAUUAAUAAUUUAUUAAGUAAUUUUAAUAUUUACUUUAUAUUGGCUUCUAUACCAUUAUUGGGAAAAAUAUUGAAUAAACGAUUAGUUGAAACUGAAGGUGAAACAUUUUUUACAACUUUAAUGGGAAAUGCAGUUGAAGUUCGAAAAACAUCAAGUCAAACAGAUAGAGUUGAUUUUCUUAAUUAUCUCAUACAGUUAAAAGAAAGGAAAGGAUUAACUAAUAUUGAAUUACAAGCUCAUGCAAUCACAUUCUUUCUUGAUGGAUUCGAAACAUCAGCUAUAGCAUUGACUCAUACCUUGCUUUGUAUUGGGCGAGAUAAAGAUGUUCAAAAUAAAUUAAGGCAAGAAAUUGAAAAAAAUUCUUUCGAGGAUGGUAUGAUUAAUUUUGAAAAACUUUUGGAGCUGCCAUACUUAGAUCAGUGUAUCAAUGAGGCUCUAAGAAUUUUCCCGCCAGCAACUUUUACUCAAAAAGUUUGUACCGAAGAUACAGAACUGAUUAAUGGGGAUGGAAGCAUUGCUAAUAUUGAAAAGGGUACACCUGUAACAAUACCAAUAUAUUGCUUUCAAAAUGAUGAACAAUAUUACCCCAAUCCAUCAAAAUUUGAUCCUGAACGAUUUAGUCCUGAAAAUGGUGGUGAUAGAAAAUUUAAAGAUAUGGGCGUUUUUAUGCCAUUCGGUGAUGGUCCAAGAACUUGCUUAGGUCAGAAAUUUGGUUUGGCACAAAUUAAAACAUGUUUAUAUGAAUUAGUGAAGAAUUUCGAAAUUAGUAUUAGCAGUAAGACAAGAAAUGAUAAUUUAUUGAAUCCGGAAAAUAUGCAAUUAUUUUUAGAUGGUGGCAUCUGGUUAAUUUUUAAAGACAUAUUUUUGCUGAAUAAUUAUGAAUUUGCAUUUUAA